AUGGGGAUAGCUCCACUAUCGGCAGAGAGGCCUCCCAGCAUCGCAGAGCCCCAGAAGCCCCCACCUCAGGCAGCCAACACACCCAAGGACAUGUCUGCAGGUAAAAGGAAACACACAUUAAGACACACAUGACUAUGACUAUCAGUAACAGUGCCUAUACUGAAGUGUCUAACUCAGUACCUAGUUCAGUAACUGUCAGUACCUAUCAACAUCUUUAGCCAGCUCUUAAGGCCUAUGUGUAUGUCUUUGUGUCUGUCUGUCUGCCUCUCUUCCUGUUGGCAUGGAUGUGUGGCAUUUGUGGAAGUCAUUGUGCACACUAGAGGGUGUUAGGGUUGGGCAGUAUCCAGUAUUUCCGUCAGUGCACACAAGGGGGCUCUAUUUAGCUCAGCUGGUAGAGCACGGCGCUUGUAACGCCAGGGUAGUGGGUUCGAUCCCCGGGACCACCCAUACACAAAAAUGUAUGCACGCAUGACUGUAAGUCGCUUUGGAUAAAAGCGUCUGCUAAAUGGCAUAUUAUUAUUAUUAUUAUUAUUAUUAUUAUUAUUAUUAUUUAUUUCCAAACGUUAAACAAAAAUAAUGCUAACAAAGUACUAGCGAAUUCCCAUAGCGGACGCUAGCUAAAUGCUAACAAGUGCAAGUGAACUUAAACAAAUUGCAAGGAUAGACACUCCAGCUCCGAAAGUUGUACAAGUAUCUAAAAAAGUUUGUUGCACGCACAAAACAAAUAUUCGACUGCAGGGAUCUUGAUCCAUGAGGGGAUUGAUUGUCUCUGCUGUAACCAAGAAGCUUGAUCUCGCAAGCUAGUCAUUUAACUAGCAAGUUAGCAGACCAAAUGCAUAGCUGGAGCCCUGAGCUGGAGAGAAUUUAUUUGUCACAUCUUAGAUAGUUAAACUUUAGUUAAAAGAUAUUUAGCUGGCAAACAUUAGUAGUAAAGUUCAAGUAUAACUUGAUCACCUCUCUUGCGCUGCACAACAGUGGAUCGUCACAUCACAAAGGCUCCUGUUUGCUCCUUGCGCUCUUUGUAAAGAAACAUACCAUGUGACUACCUCAAUCAGCUGCUUUGGGGAACUGCUUCAUAAUGAAAAUAAAUGCGACAAGCGAAAAAAAAAUGCAAUUUUCUUUAUCUAUUAAACUAGUCCACAAGUUCACUGCAGUUAUUUCUUUCAAAAUAACAACUAUUUCCCCCUAAUUGUUUUUGGUAUACAGUGCAUUUGGAAAGUAUUCAGACUCCUUCACUUUUUCCACAUUUUGUUACGUUACAGCCUUAUUCUAAAAUGGAUUAAAUAGUUUUUCCCCCCUCAUCAAUCUACACACAAUACCAUAUAAUUAAAAAUAAAAAAAUGAAAUUUCACAUUUACAUAAAUACUCAGACCCUUUACUCAGUACCUUGUUGAAGCACCUUUAGCAGCGAUUACAGCCUUGAGUCUUUUUGGUUAUGACACUACAAGUUUGGCACACCUGUAUUUGAAGAGUUUCUCCCAUUCUUCUCUGCAGAUCCUCUCAAGCUGUCAGGUUGGAUAGGGAGCGUCACUGCACAGCUAUUUUCAGGUCUCUCCAGAGAUGUUAGAUCGGGUUCAAGUCCGGGCUCUGACUGGGCCACUCAAGGACAUUCAGAGACUUGUCACAAAGCCACUCCUGUGUUGUCUCGGCUGUGUGCUUAGGGUCAUUGUCCUGUUGGAUGGUGAACCUUCGCCCCAGUCUGAGGUCCUGAUCGCUCUGGAGCAGGUGAUGAGUGUUACCUGGUUUCCAGACGUGACGCUUGGCAUUCAGGCUAAAUAGUUCAAUCUUGGUUUCAUCAGACCAGAGAAUCUUGUUUCUCAUGGUCUGAGUCUUUUAGGUGCCUUUUGGCAAACUCCAAGCGGGCUGUCAUGUGCCUUUUACUGAGGAGUGGCUUCCGUCUGGCCGCUCUACCAUAAAGGCCUGAUUGGUGGAGUGCUGCACAGAUGGUUGUCCUUCUGGAAGGAUCUCCCAUCUCCACAGAGGAACUCUGGAGCUCUAUCAGAGUGACCAUUGGGUUCUUGGUCAACUCCCUGACCAAGGCCCUUCUCCCCCAAUUACUCAGUUUGAACAGACAGCCAGCUCUAGGAAGAGUCUUGGUGGUUCCAAACUUCUUCCAUUUAAGAAUGAUGGAGGCCACUGUGUUCUUGGACCUUCAAUUUUUCAGAUCUAUGCCGUGACACAAUCCUGUCUCGGAGCUCUACGGACAAUUCCUUUGACCUCAUGGCUUGGUUUCUGCUCUGACAUGCACCGUCAGCUGUGGGACCUUAUAUAGACAGGUGUGUGCCUUUCCAAAUCAUGUCCAAUCAUUUGAAUUUACCACAGGUGGACUCCAAUCAAGUUGUAGAAACAUCUCAAGGAUGAUCAAUGUAAACAGGAUGCACCUGAGCUCAAUUUCGAGUCUCAUAGCAAAGGGUCUGAAUACUUACAGUUGAAGUUGGAUGUUUACAUACACCUUAGCCAAAUACAUUUAAACUCGGUUUUUCACAAUUCCUGACAUUUAAUCCUAGUAAAAAUUCCCUUUCUUAGGUCAGUUAUGAUCACCACUUUAUUUUAAGAAUGUGAAAUGUUCGAAUAAUAGUAGAGAGAAUGAUUUAUUUCAGCUUUUAUUUAUUUCAUCACAUUCCCAGUGGGUCAGAACUUUACAUACACUCAAUUCGUAUUUGGUAGCAUUGCCUUUAAAUUGUUUAAAUUGGGUCAAAUGUUUCGGGUAGCCUUCCACAAGCUUCCCACAAUAAGUUGGGUGAAUUUUGACCCAUACAGCUGGUGUAACUGAGUCAGGUUUGUAGGCCUCCUUGCUCGCACACGCUUUUUCAGUUCUGCCCACAAAUGUUCUAUAGGAUUGAGGUUAGGGCUUUGUGAUGGCCACUCCAAUACCUUGACUUUGUUGUCCUUAAGCCAUUCUGCCACAACUUUGGAAGUAUGCUUGGGGUCAUUGUCAAUUUGGAAGACCCAUUUGCGACCAAGCUUUAACUUCCUGACUGAUGUCUUGAGAUGUUGCUUCAAUAUAUCCACCAAAUUUUCCUUCCUCAUGAUGCCAUCUAUUUUGUGAAGUGCACCAGUCCCUCCUGCAGCAAAGCACCCCCACAGCAUGAUGCUGCCACCCCCGUGCUUCACGGUUGGGAUGGUGUUCUUCGGCUUGCAAGUGUCCCCUUUUUCUUCCAAACAUAACGAUGGUCAUUAUGGCCAAACAGUUAUAUUUUUGUUUCAUCAGACCAGAGGACAUUUCUCCAAAAAGUACAAUCUUUGCGCAGUUGCAGACCGUAGUCUGGCUUUUUUUAUGGCGGUUUUGGAGCAGUGGCUUCUUCCUUGCUGAGCGGCCUUUCAGGUUAUGUCGAUAUAGGACUCGUUUUACUCUGGAUAUAGAUACUUUUAUACCUGUUUCCUCCAGCAUCUUCACAAUGUCCUUUGCUUUUGUUCUGGGAUUGAUUUGCACUUUUCCCACCAAAGUACGUUCAUCUCUAGGAGACAGAAAGCGUCUCCUUCCUGAGCGGUAUGACGGCUGCGUGGUCCCAUGGUGUUUAUACUUGCGUACUAUUGUUUGUACAGAUGAACGUGGUACCUUCAGGCGUUUGGAAAUUGCUCCCAAGGAUGAACCAGACUUGUGGAGGUCUACAUUUUUUUUCUGAGGUCUUGGCUGAUUUCUUUAGAUUUUCCCAUGAUGUCAAGCAAAGAGGCAUUGAGUUUGAAGAUAGGCCUUGAAAUACAUCCACAGGUACACCUACAAUUGACUCAAAUGAUGUCAAUUAGCCUAUCAGAAGCUUCUAAAGCCAUGACAUCAUUUUCUGGAAUUUUCCAAGCUGUUUAAAGGCACAGUCAACUUAGUGUAUGUAAACUUCUGACCCACUGGAAUUGUGAUACAGUGAAUUAUAAGUGCAAUAAUCUGUCUGUAAACAAUUGUUGGAAAAAUGACUUGUGUCAUGCACAAAGUAGAUGUCCUAACCGACUUGCCAAAACUAUAGUUUGUGGAGUGGUUGAAAAACGAGUUUUAAUGACUCCAACCUAAGUGUAUGUAAACUUCCGACUUCAACUGUAUGUAAAUAAGGUAUUUCUGUUUUAAAUGUUUUGUACAUUUGCUAAAAUUUCUAAAAACCUGUUUUCACUUUGUCAUUAUGGGGUAUUGUGUGUAGAUUGAUGAGGGGAAAAAAUAAUUGAAUCUAUUUUAGAAUAAGGCUGUAACGUAACAAAGUGGAAAAAGUCAAGGGGUAUGAAUACUUUCCGAAUGCACUGUAUAUUUUAAAAAAAAUUGAGGGGGGGGGGGGGAUAUUGACGGUAUUGAAAAUCAUACUGUGGGUAUUUCAAAAUACCUCGGUAUUCGGUAUACCGCCCAAGCCUUGAGUGUUGCCACCAAUCCUUACAUGCCGAUGCCAUCUGUCAAUCCCCGCCCAUCCCCUCACCCCACUUAUCUCCUCCACAUAGUCUCAUCCCAGUGCCACCUCCCCUUGCCAGUAUACCCAGUGGCAGCCAGCCCCUACCCCUCCUCCAUACCUCAUGCCCAGUUCAGUUGAUGAGGUCUGGAUUUUGGCUGAGGGCUUAUGGGCUUAGAGCACAUCACCCAAUCCGACCGCCAACUCUGCUCCUGUGUAGAUAAUCCUCACACGGGGCACCUAUGGAACUUUUGUACUAAUGCCCUCUCUUGUCCACUGAGGCACGCUGUAGCUAGAGCUGUGGCUGUCUCCUUCCACUCACUGGGUAGAGCCUCUGCUGGGAAUACCCUACACUCCAAUAGACCUCAGAUGGUAUAGAAUACCUUAUGUCAUCAUGUUGUGGCUAUUGUCACUCAGCAUUCUCAUAACAUACCAGGGGCCACAUGGCUAUAGCACAGCUGAGACCCAGUGUUAUUCUACUACACAGUAGGUCAGGGGUCGGUGGGCCAAAACUGUCCCGGUAGUGUAUUUUUUACCCCCUGAUCUGUUCCCAAGUAUUCCCACGAAAAUGAAAGAGGGGCUGAAUCUAGUUGCCUACCCAUGCAGUAGGUGGUCUGCACCAUUUCCCACUAGCAUGUUUGUGUAGGAAUAGCAUUUAGCUGGUGUGUGUGUGUGUGUGUGUGUGUGUGUGUGUGUGUGUGUGUGUGUGUGUGUGUGUGUGUGUGUGUGUGUGUUUAACUAUACUUGCGAGGUCCAGAAGUCCCCACAAAAAUAGUAAAGCAACACAAAUUUCACCAACUGGGGACAUUUUGUUAGUCCCCACAAGGUCAAAUGCUAUUCCUAGGGGGUUUAGGGUUAGUUUUAGGGUUAGGAGCUAGGGUUAAGGUUGGGUUAAGGUUAAGGUUAGGGUAAGGGUACGGGUUAGGGUUAGGUAUGGGGUUAGGGAAAAUAGGAUUUUGAAUGGGACUGAAUUGUAUGUCCCCACAAGGUUAGCUGCGCAAGACUGUGUGUGUGUGUGUGUGUGUGUGUGUGUGUGUGUGUGUGUGUGACUAAAGGCACGCAACACUGUCUGGUACUGAAUAAGUUAUAGGCUGCAGACCGUUUGGAAGCCUGAGGCUGAAAGAUAAACUUCACAGGCGUCUGUUCACAACCCUGCCUGUGGAAAAUGAUCUCCAAACUACAGAACUUGCCUGUGUAGAGAAUGAAUCAUUUAGAACUCGAUAUGGGGAAACUCAUUUGAUCAGUACAAUAUCUGAAUGCAUCUUGCAUUCAUGUUUACCCCUGGAAGACUCUCCUGCUAGUGAGGGGAAAAAAGUGUCCCGUUAUGACUCACCCACCCCUCUCUUGUCAGAGACACUCUAGCUCAUGGGAAGAAUAACAACUACCACAAUAAUUAACAAACAAAACAUCCUCUGCUACAAAAGUCAUUAAGUAUUUAUGUAUUACAACUAAGUCAGGGUUAUGUUCAGUGUCUCAUGUUUCCCAUGUGUUAACAUUAGCCUAGCAUGCUAGCUAAGCGUGUCUGCGCUGAACAGAGUUGUGAGGGUAAGGGCUUGGAACCCAGUGGAUCAGAAGUGCUACAGUGACCUUAUACGUGCCGAACAGCACCAUUGUGCUGCAUUAGUCAUGGAGCCAGUCACACCCCUGGAGACCUGGGGAUACUGUACCACACCCUGGUUCGGUACUUCGAGAGAACCACGAUGGCUACCAAGACAUCCUGUUGCUGUUCAUCACAGGAACAGCUUCAACAGCUCCCCAGAGCAUUGAGGGAGCGGCUCUAAGUGCUCCUUCAUUGUCUCUCGUCUCUGCUCUAACAUACUAAGUCAGUUUCUGUCAUGUGUGCUUGAUUAAUGUAAAAUAUGACCCUCGAGACAAACCUUAUAGGGCACGAUAAAGAGCUGCUCCAUUUUGAGUUUCAGUAUUCAAAAGGCUAGAGAGACAACUGGGGCAAAGUGGCCCAGCUUUAUUGGGUAAUCACUUCCUCUAAAACCCUUCCUCCUCCAUUGCUCCAUCCCUCCAUUCCUCCAUUCCUCCUCUCCCCAGCUUGGCAGCAUGGGGCUCUAGAAUUUAACUAGCUACAAGGAACAAUCCAGGAAAGGAAACAAUCCCAUAUCAAUCACAACACGAUUGACCGUAAAUGUAAUGUCAAAAUGUAGAUUUCCACCUAAAAAGACAAAUCCAAAAGUAAUUAUUUGUCAUGAGAGUGCCAUAAACAAUACCUACUGUAGUAAUGCUUAUACCAAUAAAAAUAUUAAAAUCUCACCUUUCUGGUAAAAAUUGUCAUAAAUUGCUGAGGUGUAGUCACUUUUGAGGACACCAGCUCAAUUACACAGUACAGAUACUGUAUCAUAAAAGUAUGAAAAUAUAGAAAAUCAUAUACGAUUUCUUUCCUAUUUAACAAAAGUGGGGGAAGAGGGCUUGAAAUGAUUGAAUGCUUUCUAAAUAUAGUAACAAUCAAAUACUAAACAACUGACUAUAAUAUUUUACCUUGUUUAUUAUAUAUAAAUAUCAUCAUACUUUGUGACAGUACAAAAUUGGCACCAUUUCAUAUAACUGACGUCAUAACGUCAUUCAAAUGCCUGCCCACUCGUUACAACUUCAGCUUUAAGCACAAUGAUUUUGUCCUUCUGUGACCAAGGGAGUGGUCUAGUUUCAAUUCUGCAAAAUCAUUUUGUUUCGUUUCAUGUUGAGAGCUCUAAAUCCAUAUAAGAACAUCACAGCAAGAUGAGACUGCUUUUGCUGCAAUCGCUAGUCUACCGUUUCAUAUGCCGUAUUGUAGGCGGAGCUGCAAGGUUCACAGGCAGAGGAAAUGUGUUCUUUGUCUGGAUAGGCCAGAAAAUGUGGCACGUCGCACCCUAUUAAAAUGAGGUGUCAGAUUAAACAUAUUGCAUCUCAAAUUAAAGCAGAGGGCGGCAUGUGAAGUGGGACAACCAGAGCCUUCACAGAGUGCGCUGCAAUUGAUGUUGCACCGUUCACAGAGCGCUCUGUAGACAAACAUUUCAAUGCCUAUACUGUAUUAUAAAACUCUGUGUGUUGUCUGUGCCUGUUUCUGUGUACUUUACCAAAUUGCUUUGUUUGUGUAUGUAUUUACUGCGUUCAAUCACAUCUUUCUCCUCCUCCUAAAAUCUCAUUCAGUACACCAGUAUGUCACUAGGGUAGCACGGAGUCAGCAGCCAAAAAGCCACAGUAUUACCAAUCCUUCAGCGUGACUAUUCAUUCACACAGGGGUUACUGAGGCAGCGGGCCUUUUGCAUCAAGAUUUCCUCAUUACUUUUUAUUUUUUUCGACUUUGUGUGUGUGAGUGCCAUUGACGGUAUUAACUGUAAAAUACCAUAUUUGGAGGAGGAUUUGUUUUUUGGGGGGAAGUAUUACAUUUUACAGAUGUUGGAAUCUGUCUCUUAGAAAUUGCAGCUCCUACACUCCCAAAGUUCAGUUAUAUUGAAUGGACCAUCAAUGAACGUCUACAGCUGUAAAGAUGCACACAAUAUCAGUUACUACUCUCAUUUCUUAGACUGCACUGUUGAACUUGUUUUUUUUGUUUUUUCAAAGUAAGUGAGCCCUUUGAAGUUCAUGCUUUUGUCUAGAUGAGAGAGAGAGAGACUGUGUGUAUGCAUGCAUGCUUUAAACUCUCUUCCCUCUUCACACACGAGGUGCCCUAGGCGAUGGCUGGCCAGACGAGGCUUGCAUUCCCACCGACCUGCCAUUCACCCCCAGCGUCUCCACGGUGAUCAGUCGCCAUGCCAGCCACCUGGCGGCCAGCCCCGAGGACCGCCCUGACUCUGGCUGGCCCCACCGAGAGUCCUCGGCCGUGGGGGAGGAGAGGGAAAGCAACGAAGGAAACGACCGCAAACAACAGCAGAAGAAGAAGAAGAAAAGGAGGCCCCGGGACGACGUGUACGACCUGGUGGAGAACAGGGGCCACCUGGAGGCUCAGGCUGAGAACACACCCCUGUCAGAGGGCCACCACAGGGUCUCCCCCCGCAAGGACAGGGACAGGAUAGAUGGAGGCUGGGAGCGCGAAGAGCCAGGGAGAAGUGGAGGCAGGGGAAAGAGGGGCAAGAGCAGGAAGAAGCUUCCAGAAGAGUGGGGAGUCACAGCCGAGCCCUUCGUGCCCUCCUCUGCCUCCUCUGCCAAUGAGCUCCCUGAAGGUGUGUUAGACCAACUAGUGCCCCCCAUCACCCAUUCCCAGCCCCUGGAGAACCCCUACUCCAACAUGGAACUGAGUCCAGCCAGUGAGGAGUUCUACCCAGACGAGGGCCUCAUCCCUCCAUCUCUCACCCAGGACCUGCUCUCUCUCACAGCUCCCACCUCCCCUCCAUCGGCCCGGGGCUGUGAGCUCCUGCCCACCGCCCCCAUCUCCAUGCCCACCAGUCAGGGAGACUUCUCGCCGAAGUGCACGUUCCCCAUGGCCCCACGUCCAGGAGACCCAUUCACCGCUAGCUACCAAGACCUGCUCAUGGAUACGGAGAACGCCAAAGAGGCUUUCUCCACAACCUUUCCCCUAGAUUCCCCAGUUCAUCAGUCGGGGGUCAAUGUGGUGUUUGAUCAUGACACCCCCAUGCAGGAUGUCCAUAUGAAAUAUGCCUUAAGUUUAAGCCCCACCCACCAACCAGAUCGUGACCUAUCCCCAUUGGAGAAGUUCAGUGAGCUCACAGCGACCGCUCCCCCUUUCUCCCCCUCCGACAGCUCCUGGCUCAUCAACGACUCCCACUUCAACAACGACUCCUUUGAGUUCAGUGACAUCACUCCAGGGCGCCCCCUACCUCUGGGCCUGGCCUUCGACACACCCAGCCCAGCCCCCCUCCGCUCCCCCAAAACCAUACCCGAAUUCCACCCCAAAGAGGGCAAAUCCCCACCACAGAAGAUAACCAAGAAGUCCCAAUCCUCCUCCUCCUCUUCCACCAAAAGCCCCACCUCCCCGGGGUCUGGUCUGAACCCCGCUGCCAAGCCCUUCUUCCCCAGCUUUGCCGACCUCACGGAGCCCCUGGUGGUGGUGGCCCCCAUGUCUGAAGGUUUGUUGCAGUGGCGUGUGCUCUCCACUAGGGGGAUUGGAGGAUUGGAGGAGUAG